GUCCCUAGGAGCCGUUGGAUCAUUUGAUCCAACGGCUCCUGUAAUAUCCCAAAAAAACAAAAUGGAAUGGAACUUCACCAAAACCUGGCUCUUAGAUCUCUCCGCAAGCGCCUCCACCAGUGCACCUCAUCAACUACUCCCACCGUCUCCACCAACGGCUCCACCAGCAUCCACUGUCUUCGCCUCCACCAACGCGGCCUCCCCGUCGUCUGUACCAACGCUAGCUGCCUCCUCCUCGUCUCCACCAACGCCUCCACCCCCAUCUUUUGCCUCCACCAACGCCUUCUCCGGUGUCAAGGAUAUCAUGGCCGAUACCAUUGAUGGGAUAGAUUUGAAUGAGCUCGGGUUAAAUGGAGAACGUGGUGGUCUAACACAAGAGAAUGAUAGCCAACAAGUUGUAAAUGAAGAUGAUUUGGCAACACAAGAUGUUCAAGAAUUGGCAAUGAGUCCAAAGUCUAGAGAUGGACAACAAUUAGCAAAAAUCCCAUUUGUUGGUAUGGAGUUUGAGGAUGAGGAGGAAGCAUUUCAAUAUUACUUGGAUUAUGCAAAGUCCAGAGGUUUUGGGGUAAGAAAAGGUAUGCUUGCUGAACGCAUUCGAGAUGGUGAACGCAUUCGAGAGGUCACGUGGAUUAUGCAAGAAAGUGAUAGUAUGCUUGCUGAACGCAUUCGAGAUGGGUCCGAUAAUGCUAAAUAUGCAAUUUGCAAUCAUGUUGUUGUAUUUGGCAAAAAUUGUAUUGAAGAUGGGGAACCUUACGCUAUGUGCUCGUGUAAGAAGUUUGAGAGAGAGGGCGUGUUGUGUUGCCACAUAUUGAAAAUAUUUUAA